AUGCCUGAUGUGGAUCUACAAGAGAUUCUCCGGCGUUUAUUAAAAGUGAGGAAAACAAAGUCUCUGUACGUAGAUCUGAAACUCGAUGAAAUCCACUACAUCAUCGAGAAGUCGCAAGAGAUCUUCGCCGCUCAGCCCAUGUUGAUAGAGUUGAAUCCUCCCUUGCACAUUUGUGGCGACACCCAUGGUCAAUUCCACGAUCUUCUGCGGAUACUCAAUCAAGGAAAACAUCCCCCAGCCGCGAACUAUCUGUUCCUGGGAGAUUACGUCGACCGCGGACGCAACUCGAUCGAAGUGCUCUGUUUGUUAUUGAUAUACAAGAUUAAGUACCCCGGCAAUGUUUUUAUGCUCCGAGGAAACCACGAAUGCAUCCGUAUAAACUCGAUGUACGGUUUCUUGACCGAAUGCCGACACCGAUACAACCUAGAACUCUACCAGAAGUUCAACGACCUGUUCGCGUGGCUGCCCCUCGCCGCCUUAGUGGCGGACAAGAUCUUCUGCUGCCACGGGGGACCUUCCCCAGACAUAAAAACUUUCGAUUGCGUUCGAGCACUGCCACGACCCAUGCACGACGUACCCGAUUCGGGCAUCGCGUGCGAUCUCUUGUGGGCGGAUCCGUUUCCAGGCCGCGGCUGGGUCCAGAGUGACCGAGGAGUUUCGUAUUUAUUCGGGGCCGAUGCUCUGCAGAAGUUUCUCGCUCAGCUAGGUCUCGACCUCGUGGCUCGAGCCCAUCAGGUUGUCGCUGAGGGUUACGAGUUCUUCGCUGACAGAUCCUGCGUGACAAUAUUUUCUGCGCCCAACUAUUGUAAUGAGUUCGAUAAUGCCGCAGCGAUGAUGACAGUCGCUCCGGACCUGACGUGCUCGUUCCGGAUCCUCCGGCCGGUGUCUCGCCACAUUAAGUAUCCGAUUUCGCAAGGAGAUUGA